AGCAGAUAAGCCCGCGAGGGCGGAAGUGAGGAGAGGCUGCGCGGAGGUGGGGGCUGCCGCGCUUGCUGUGGGGUGGGCAGGCUGCAGAAAUGACGCCCUGCGGGAGUCCCGUGGUUCCCGUGGCAGUGUUGCUGCUCUUGCUUUGGGGGGCUCCCUGGACCCACGGGCGGCGGAGCGACGUGCGCGUCAUCACGGACGAGAAUUGGAAAGAGUUGCUGGAAGGAGAGUGGAUGAUAGAAUUUUAUGCUCCGUGGUGUCCUGCUUGUCAGAAUCUUCAACCAGAAUGGGAAAGUUUUGCUGAAUGGGGAGAAGACCUUGAGGUUAAUGUUGCAAAAGUAGAUGUCACAGAGCAGCCAGGGCUGAGUGGACGAUUUAUCAUAACUGCUCUUCCUACUAUUUAUCAUUGUAAAGGUGGUGAAUUUAGGCGCUAUCAGGGCCCAAGGACUAAGAAGGACUUCAUAAACUUUAUAAGUGAGAAAGAGUGGAAGAGUAUUGAACCUGUUUCAUCAUGGUUUGGUCCAGGUUCUGUUCUGAUGAGUAGUAUGUCUGCCCUCUUUCAGCUAUCUAUGUGGAUCCGGACUUGCCAUAACUAUUUUAUUGAAGACCUUGGAUUACCAGUUUGGGGAUCAUAUACAGUUUUUGCUUUAGCAACUCUGCUUUCAGGACUGUUACUAGGACUUUGUAUGAUAUUUGUGGCAGAUUGCCUUUUUCCUUCAAAAAGGCGCAGACCACAGCCAUACCCUUCCAGUUAUGGAAGCCCUCCUGUUUGCUGUUUAUAAAGAACUUUCACUUUGUGCCAUCCCAUUCACAUUUCCGUAACACUCUAGAUGUCAUAAGUGAUACUCUUCCAUUUUGUGGUCGAGGAAAGAAAGGCUCAGAGAGAUGAACUAUUUUUUCCAGGGUCACACAGAAGUGACAGAGUGGAGAAUAGAGCCUAAAUUAGACUGUUGGCAUGACAUUUUCAUUGUGCUGCCUUUCAUGACUUAGGAUAUGUUGAGGUCAGAACUCGUGAAAGGAACUCAGUGGAGAUUGCUGAUAACAGGUUAUCUUCUCAUUUCUUAGAUCAUUACAUCAAUACUGAAAAGGACAUAUACAGGGGAAGGAAUCAUUUUAUCCAACAAGAGCCACUGACCUGUAGGGAAAAAAAUGCAAGCACAGAUUACUUAAAAGACAAUUUAAAAGUUGCUGAAUGUACGUUUAAUAUUUACAUGAUUUGAAAAACAUUAACAACAAAUUUGUCUCUUAAGUAAUCUGUGGCACGACUGAUAGUAACCCAUACUUGAAUGGGUUACCACCCCUUCUAUAGCAGGCCACGUGAUCUGCGUUUUCCAAGAUGUAUUUAGCUUAGAUGUUGAGUUGCUAGGGAAAGACCCAACUCAGUCCAGCUUUAAGCGAAAUAGAAGUUUAUUGCUUCAGGUAGUGAGGACGUCUGAGGGCAGAGAUGGCUGGAUCCUAGGGCUCACAUGUUAAGGUGUUGUGUUUCCGAACUGCUUAGUUUUCCAUGCUAUAGCUUGGAAAGCCAUCUUUGGCUCCUUCUAGUCCUUAGCAUAAAGUGAUAAGAAAGCUGUACGUCACAAUCCAGAGUAAGAAGGAAAUACACUUUCCCCUGCACCAAUCUAUCUUUUAGAAAGAUUCUGGUGCACUCCACUGGUGUAGAGAGCUCACUUGUUUGGUGUAGUCACUGUAAACUGCCGUUUCUCAACCUGGACACUUCUCACCUUCGGGCCGGUUAAUUCUUAAUUGUGACAGACUGUCUUUCCUACAUUGUUGGGUGUUUGGCAGCUUCCCACUGCCUGGCAGUAACACCGCUCCUCUUAGUUGUGACAGCCAAAAAUGUCUCCAGACAUUGCUGACUGUUCUUUGGCUGGGGUGGUGGAGUGAGCAGCAGUCACCCCCUGGAGGAGAACCACUGCUGUGAACUCCAGUGCUCCCCACAGCUACGUGGGAUGUGGUACAGGGAACCCAACAGAAAGAGGGGUGCCAGACCGAACGAGGUUGUCCACAGCUACGUGGGAUGUGGUACAGGGAACCCAACAGAAAGAGGGGUGCCAGACCACACGACAGGUUGUCCACAGCUACGUGGGAUGUGGUACAGGGAAUCCAACAGAAAGAGGGGUGCCAGACCGAACGACAGGUUGUCCACAGCUACGUGGGAUGUGGUACAGGGAACCCAACAGAAAGAGGGGUGCCAGACUGAACGACAGAUUGUCCACAGCUACAUGGGAUGUGGUACAGGGAACCCAACAGAAAGAGGGGUGCUAGACCGAACGACAGGUUGUCCACAGCUACGUGGGAUGUGGUACAGGGAACCCAACAGAAAGAGGGGUGCCAGACCGAACGACAUAUUGUCUACAGCUACGUGGUAGUUGCUUCCAGUGUUUUCUUCUGCCUUGCAUCCUCGCGUCUCCCUACUCUCUUCUGGAUUGCCUGAGGUUAGGGGCAGUCUAGGAUCACUGAACAGGCUGAAGCUCGUUGGCCCAAUUCUAUGUUCUGUAUCUCUCAGUAACGCGGUGUGUUCCAAGUUUAAGUUAUCAGUAGGCCUUGUUAAAAAAAUGGAAAGGGUGUUUAUGUGUGGACAGAGUUAAAAUUCAUUGAGCUGUACACUUAAGAUUUGUACAUUUUAUUAUUUGUAAUUAUGUCUUAAUAAAAUUAUAUAUGUAAGGAAGAACAUUUGUGAAACUCUUUGGAAACAACCUGGGUAGGAAUAUAACCUUCAGUUGUAAAUGUCUGAUUCCUGUUCACCUGGGAACUGAAACAAGGGUAGUGUUGGAGUUUGUUUCUGUUGUACUUGUUUACUGGAAGAUUUAAUAGCAAAUUAAAAUGGUUCUGUUGAAUGCAGUGUAUUUUCUUACAGCAUCCUCAUUCACAGCAUUAAUUUUCGUUUAUUAAUUUCAGUUCAGUUUAUAAACAGGCAGGUAAUUAUAUAAAUUUGGUAAGUAAAAUGGAUCUUUCUAACCAAUUUUCACUUUUAUAUCGUCACUCUUAAAGAUAACUUUUUCCUUUUGGAAAUCUGACCUUAUGAUUGAUAAAUAAGUGGCAAAGCAGUUUAUGGGCGUAUGAAUUGUGUCUUGAUUUUAUUCUAGUGCAAAUCUAUUACAGCAACAAAAAAGCCCCAUUUUUGGUCUUGAUCUUUUUUUUUUUUUUUAAAUGCUCAGCCUGAAUGUUGUCUGUUGCCAUACGAUAUUAUUACAGUAUUACUGACUAUAUUCCUUAUGCUGUACUUUUCAUCUCAGUGACUCGUUUAUUUUGUAACUGGAAGUUCGUACCUCUUAAUUCCCUCUGG